AUGGGGUUUGAGUACGCGCUCGUACAUCUCAAGUAUACGAUCCCACCAGCCAUUGCAUUGACCUAUAUCUACCGGCCUUUCUUCACACGCUUAGAUGUAUACAAGGUCUUCUUCCUCAUCACAACUGCCGUCGUUUCUACCAUACCCUGGGAUUCCUAUCUCAUUCGGCGCAGAAUAUGGACCUAUCCUCCCAGUGUGAUCAUUGGCCCGCGAUUGUUUUCAAUACCCGCCGAGGAGCUGUUGUUCUUCGUUAUUCAGACUUACAACACGUCCUUGAUCUACUUCUUUCUGAGCAAGCCACUGCUUCAUUCAAAGUACCUCGUUGCCCGAAACACAACUAGUCCCUGGCACAGGGCUGGCCAAGCGAUUUUGGCAGCUUUGAUUGUGAUCGGUGGAUUCCAGAUACGGCGAGGAGGGGAAGGAACAUAUUUAGGCCUGAUAGUAAUUUGGGCUGCACCGUUCCUGCUUCUCCUCUGGUCACUUUCGUCCCAAUUCCUCGUCAAACUUCCGUACAGCAGUACUGUGGUUCCAAUUGCUAUUUCCACCGUCUACCUCUGGAUUGUUGACACAUUAGCAUUGAAAAGAGGGACGUGGGCAAUUUCGUCGGGCACAAAAGUUGGAGUACAUCUUUGGGAUGGUCUCGAGAUUGAAGAGGCCAUCUUCUUUCUGGCUACGAAUACCCUGGUUGUAUUUGGCUUGGUGGCAUUUGAUCAUGCCGUGGCAAUUCUUUUGACAUUCCCGGAUUUGUUUCCAAAGGUUCCGGAAUUGCCAUCGCCAGUCAUGUUGAUGCAGGCGCUUUUUACGGACCCGGCAGUGUAUGAUGGGGAAAGAGUUGAGGGCCUCAGAGAAGCAGUCACACGGCUGCAGAAGAAAAGCAGAAGCUUCUACCUGGCCAGCUCAACCUUUUCUGGCCGUCUUCGGAUUGAUUUGAUACUUCUCUACUCUUUCUGCCGAGUCGCAGAUGAUCUUGUUGACAACGCCGACACCGAAUCCACAGCCAGAGAGUGGAUUUGGAAGCUCACCCACUACCUCGAUCUAGCAUAUGCCUCCAAAGAAGCCCACAGAAUCUCCAAAGAGCCAUCCCUUAACAACUACAUAACAUCUACCUUCCCCACCUCGGCGCACUCUGCCCUUCGCCUCCUCCCUACAUACAUUCUCCCCUACAAACCCCUCUACGACCUGCUUGAAGGCUUCAAAACAGACCUGAAAUUCACGUCCACCAUUUCCCCAAUUCAAACAGAACACGACCUUGAAAACUACGCUGCCUAUGUAGCUGGAACUGUAGCCGAAUUAAUAUUAGAGCUCGUAUUCGUCCACACUACAUCUCCUACCUCUACCUCGACCAAAAAAAGAGACCACCUGAUCCGCUCUGGCGCCCGCAUGGGUAUCGCGCUUCAAUACGUGAAUAUCGCGCGCGACAUUUCGGUUGAUGCUGGACUCGGACGUGUCUACAUUCCUCAUUCCUGGCUUUCAGCCGAAGGCCUCACAACACAAGAUGUACUUGACAAACCCGAGUUGUUUGAGGUUGCGAGGCUGAGGAAUAGGUUACUGGCGAAGGCGUUUGGGGUUUAUGGAGAGUGUGGGCCGGCCAUGAGGGGGUUACCUAGGGAUGCGAGGGCGCCGAUGAGGGUUGCGGUUGAGAGUUAUAUGGAGAUAGGGAGGGUGUUGAAGAAGCGCAAGUAUAGGGUUGUGCAGGGACGGGCGACGGUGCCGAUUGGAAGGAGGGCGUUGGUUGCUUGGAGGGCGUUGAGGGAGGGUUAG